GAAUUGAAAAUGUAUUUCAGGUGACAUAAUAUGGACCUUGAGGUGGAUCUACCCGAUUUUGAGCUCCGGGCUUGGGUACCAUGGGUAUCUCGGUUUGUGUUUAAACGUUGCAUAUUCCUGAAACAAUGGGAUUACACAGGACUAGCAGUUAGCACUCUAGCAUACACUAACUGUACACAUAGUGGGAGGAAUUCAUGUAUGUCCCAAGGCCCCUAAGCGGGUGAUGUGGCCCCUGACACAACUUAUAGCAACAUUAGUACAUAAUAACACAUUCUGUAUAUUCUCUAGAUGUAUUUAUGCUACCUUAUAGUUAAAAAACAAAGAAUUCAAACAUGUAGGCUACAAUGUGACAAGUGGAUACAAAAUCAUUUGAUCAUGUAUUUUGUUAUAAAUUGAAUAGCUUUAUUAUUUAUUUUUAAAGACUAAAUAGGCUAUUUUAUUGAGAAUUAAAUAGGCUACAUGACAAAUUAGCAGUUAGCCCUAUAUACAGAAUCGGAUGGAUGAAAUCAGCUGUAGUCCAUUCCAUCAGACUCCAUGCCUUCCUUUGCGCAUGUCUCUUUUUUUCUUCUCCUUUAAAAUCAUCAGGAAGUAAGAAAAAGGGGGAGAAAGGGAGGCGACCGCACAAAUACAAUGCUCUCAGAAACUGGGAAAGACAAUCCGAAGGCAGAUUAUCUCCGAGCCGAAGCGAGCUAUUGCCCAGACUCCCCCGUCUCCUCUUCUCCGGAAGCCGUGCAGCUAAGCGGGAGGCGGGACACCCAGACCACCAGCGGCAGCAUCCUUCCGGAGGAGAGCGGCAGCAUCCAGCCCCUGGUCUCCGCCGCCUGCAUCAUGACAUCGGGGGAGCUGAUGCAGAGCGCUCCGCUGCUGGCGCACCGCUCCAAGAGGAGCCUGCUGUACAAGGCGCUCUGCUUCCUUCUGCUCGUCUUCCAGGGCGGCGUCCUGGAUUUCUACCUCAUCAUAUUCACCGACCUGUACUGGUGCUCGUGGAUCGCCACGGACCUGGUGGUGAUCUCGGGCUGGGGCAUCUUCUUCGUGAAGAACGCGCGGAGCAAGCGAGAGCGGGCCUGCGGGUUCCACCAGAAGAGCUCCAUGUUCGGCUGCAGCCUCGGGGAGUUCACCUACGCCUACCUGGCCUGGCUUAUAUACGUCAUCGCCUGCACUCCGAAGGUAGUGCUCAUCCUGGAGACGUCCAUCCUGGACCUGAUCGAGCUCAAGGUUCCGUGCGGAGUGACCGGCUUCAAGAUCGUCAUGCUGCUGUCCGCGCCGCUGCUCUUCUGCCUCAUCAACUCCAUCAUCGAGGAUCUGAACGGGGCGACGCGGCACCGCUCCCACGGCUGCUUCAUGAGCACCUGCCUGGACCUGCUGGACAGCUUCACGCUGGUGGAGAUGCUGCUGAGGAACGAGAUCCCCGCCGCGUACCUCAAGUACACCGUGAUCUCGGUGUACUUCGUGGCGCUGGCCGUGCCGGUGGUCUGGCUCUACGAGCUGACGGCGGCGGAGCUGCGCUGCCGCUGGCUGUGGGCCCGCUUCUCCACGGGCCUGCUGGUCAACGCGCCCCUGCUGGUAGUGCGCUGUUUCCAGGUCUACGUCUACAGGAUGCCGGUGUCCGUGUUCAUGCUCAAAAACAUCUUCUUCUUGGCGUGUAAGUUGCUGGAGCUGGUGGAGCAGUGUGUGGCGGUGCGGGGGGUCCGGAGGCUGGCCGGUGGCGGCAACCCGGCCCAGUUCUCCCACUGCGUGUCCGAGAACGACAUGUGCCCGCACGGAUACGUCAACACCCUGGCCGUGACCCAGUCGUAGAGCCCGGCCCUGGGCAGAAGACCGGGAGCCGCCUGCCUGUGUGGUGGCGGGAAAGUGGGGAAUUCGUGUUGCGUUCCAGACACAGCUGGGAAUGGUAAAAUUCAAAUUUGGUCCAAAUUACAAACCCGUGCAGCUCCUGCUUCCAGAUAGCGGCUCUGGAUACAUACAGUUAUAUUACUAGGUACAAAACAAAUUCACCCAUAUUGCAAAAAUACACAUUUCUCAGUUACCUCUAGUGGUCAGAGAUAGAUGGGCCCCCAAUCACAUCCAUCAUUAAAGAGAGGUUGUUUUACAACAUACAAGAUAAAUAUAUAUAUUUUUUAAAUCCAAAAAGAGACUAAUUCCACC